AUGACACAGCUGCUCCUGCUCAUUGUGGUGCUCCUGGUCCUGGGUCACGUGCCACCAGGGAGAAGUGAAUUCAAACGGUGCUGGCAGGGCCAAGGGGCCUGCCGACUUUACUGCACCAAACAAGAGUCCUUCAUGCACCUGUGUCCGGAUGCCUCCCUGUGCUGUCUCGCCUACACACUGAAGCCUCCACUGCUCCCCAAGGUGAACGAUAAGUAG